AUGGCCAGCCAGCAGGAUUCAGGCUUCUUUGAGAUCAGUAUCAAAUAUUUACUGAAAUCCUGGAGUAAUACAUCUCCCGUUGGUAACGGCUACAUCAAGCCUCCAGUUCCACCUGCUUCUGGCACGCACAGGGAGAAAGGGCCGCCAACCAUGUUACCCAUCAAUGUGGACCCAGACAGCAAACCAGGAGAAUAUGUCCUCAAGAGUUUAUUUGUCAACUUCACUACUCAAGCUGAGCGCAAGAUUCGGAUCAUUAUGGCAGAACCCCUGGAAAAGCCAUUGACAAAAUCUCUACAACGUGGAGAAGACCCUCAGUUUGAUCAAGUCAUCAGCUCAAUGAGCUCCCUUUCUGAGUACUGCCUGCCUUCCAUUCUGCGGACAUUAUUUGACUGGUAUAAAAGGCAAAACGGAAUUGAGGAUGAAUCACAUGAAUACAGACCAAGAACAAGCAAUAAAUCAAAAAGUGAUGAACAACAACGAGAUUAUUUGAUGGAAAGACGGGACCUCGCCAUUGAUUUUAUUUUUUCUUUAGUAUUAAUAGAAGUUUUGAAACAGAUUCCACUUCAUCCUGUAAUUGACAGUUUAAUACACGAUGUUAUUAACUUGGCUUUCAAGCACUUUAAAUAUAAAGAAGGGUACCUUGGUCCUAACACUGGCAAUAUGCACAUCGUGGCAGACUUGUAUGCGGAAGUCAUCGGGGUGUUGGCACAAGCCAAAUUUCCUGCUGUAAAGAAGAAAUUUAUGGCAGAGCUAAAAGAGUUACGGCACAAAGAGCAGAGCCCAUACGUGGUUCAAAGCAUUAUCAGCUUGAUAAUGGGGAUGAAAUUCUUUCGAAUUAAAAUGUAUCCAGUGGAGGAUUUCGAGGCCUCUCUUCAGUUUAUGCAGGAAUGUGCACAUUAUUUCCUCGAGGUCAAAGACAAAGAUAUUAAGCAUGCCUUGGCGGGGCUUUUUGUUGAAAUCCUUGUUCCAGUAGCUGCCGCUGUUAAAAAUGAAGUAAACGUCCCCUGCCUUAGAAAUUUUGUGGAAAGCCUGUAUGACACCACGUUGGAACUUUCUUCUCGAAAGAAGCACUCCUUGGCCCUGUAUCCCCUGGUGACCUGCCUGCUUUGUGUCAGUCAGAAGCAGCUGUUCCUGAACAGGUGGCACGUUUUCCUCAACAACUGCUUAUCUAACCUUAAAAAUAAAGACCCUAAGAUGGCUCGAGUUGCACUGGAAUCUCUCUACAGAUUACUUUGGGUUUACAUGAUUCGAAUUAAAUGUGAAAGCAACACGGCUACUCAGAGCCGACUUAUAACCAUCAUCACAACACUUUUCCCCAAAGGGUCCCGCGGUGUGGUGCCAAGGGAUAUGCCUCUGAACAUCUUUGUGAAAAUCAUCCAGUUCAUUGCCCAGGAACGGUUAGAUUUUGCGAUGAAAGAAAUCAUUUUUGAUUUUCUUUGUGUGGGAAAACCAGCAAAAGCUUUCAGUCUCAAUCCAGAGAGAAUGAACAUUGGUUUACGGGCGUUCUUGGUCAUAGCUGACAGUUUGCAACAGAAGGACGGGGAACCUCCCAUGCCAGUUACAGGAGCUGUUCUCCCUUCAGGAAACACAUUGAGAGUAAAGAAAACAUAUUUGAGUAAAACGCUAACUGAAGAGGAAGCCAAAAUGAUAGGCAUGUCCUUAUAUUACUCUCAAGUACGAAAAGCUGUGGACAAUAUUUUAAGGCACCUCGAUAAAGAAGUAGGAAGGUGUAUGAUGCUGACUAAUGUCCAGAUGUUAAACAAAGAACCCGAAGACAUGAUCACGGGUGAGAGAAAGCCAAAAAUAGACCUUUUCAGGACCUGUGUUGCCGCUAUUCCUCGGCUGCUUCCUGAUGGGAUGUCCAAACUUGAACUCAUCGACUUACUGGCUAGACUCUCUAUUCAUAUGGAUGAUGAACUGCGACACAUUGCACAGAAUUCUCUUCAGGGUUUGCUUGUUGACUUCUCCGACUGGAGAGAAGAUGUCCUGUUUGGCUUUACCAACUUCCUGCUGAGGGAAGUAAACGACAUGCAUCACACACUCCUCGAUUCGUCCCUCAAGUUGCUGCUGCAGCUGCUCACCCAGUGGAAACUGGUCAUACAAACGCAAGGGAAAGUCUACGAACAAGCCAACAAAAUCAGGAACUCAGAGCUAAUUCCCAAUGGCUCCAGCCACAGGAUUCAGUCGGAACGAGGUCCCCACUGCAGCGUGCUCCAUGCCGUAGAAGGGUUUGCUCUGGUUUUACUCUGCAGCUUCCAAGUGGCCACACGUAAAUUGUCUGUUUUAAUACUCAAGGAAAUCCGAGCUUUGUUUGUUGCCCUGGGUCAGCCUGAGGAUGAUGACAGGCCUAUGAUUGAUGUCAUGGAUCACCUCAGUUCUUCCAUUCUCGAAAGUUUUAUUCAUGUAGCAGUUUCGGAUUCGGCAACGUUACCGCUGACCCACAACGUGGACCUGCAGUGGCUGGUGGAAUGGAACGCAGUCCUGGUCAAUAGCCAUUAUGAUGUGAAGAGCCCUUCCCAUGUCUGGAUAUUUGCACAGUCUGUCAAAGACCCCUGGGUCCUCUGCCUCUUCAGUUUCCUCCGGCAGGAGAACUUGCCCAAACACUGCCCGACAGCCCUCAGCUACGCCUGGCCUUAUGCCUUCACUCGGCUCCAGUCGGUGAUGCCCCUGGUGGACCCAAAUAGCCCAAUUAAUGCCAAGAAAACCAGCACUGCCGGCAGUGGAGACAACUAUGUUACCUUGUGGAGAAAUUACCUUAUUCUUUGUUUUGGAGUUGCAAAACCCAGUAUUAUGAGCCCAGGACACUUAAGAGCUUCCACUCCAGAAAUAAUGGCGACCACACCUGAUGGUACAGUGAGCUACGAUAACAAGGCCAUAGGUACACCAUCAGUGGGAGUUCUGUUAAAGCAGUUGGUGCCUUUGAUGAGACUAGAGAGCAUUGAGAUCACAGAGUCCUUAGUUUUAGGAUUUGGAAGAACAAAUUCCCUUGUUUUCAGAGAACUGGUAGAAGAACUUCAUCCAUUAAUGAAAGAAGCCCUGGAACGAAGACCAGAGAACAAGAAACGCCGAGAACGGCGAGACUUGUUGAGGCUACAGCUACUUCGAAUUUUUGAACUUUUGGCUGAUGCUGGUGUAAUAAGUGACAGCACAAAUGGAGCCUUAGAACGGGAUACGUUAGCCCUGGGAGCUUUGUUCUUAGAAUACGUAGACUUGACUCGCAUGCUCCUUGAAGCAGAAAAUGACAAAGAAGUUGAAAUUCUUAAAGAUAUCCGGGCACAUUUUAGUGCAAUGGUGGCCAACUUGAUUCAGUGUGUUCCAGUUCAUCAUCGGAGAUUUCUCUUCCCCCAGCAAAGCCUGAGGCACCAUCUUUUCAUCUUGUUUAGCCAGUGGGCAGGACCCUUCAGCAUUAUGUUUACUCCUCUGGAUCGUUACAGUGACAGAAACCAUCAGAUUACAAGAUACCAGUAUUGUGCCUUAAAGGCAAUGUCUGCAGUACUGUGCUGCGGUCCUGUCUUUGACAAUGUGGGGCUUUCCCCAGAUGGCUACCUGUAUAAGUGGCUUGAUAACAUUCUGGCUUGUCAAGAUUUACGCGUUCAUCAGCUUGGCUGCGAAGUUGUUGUCUUACUACUGGAACUUAAUCCUGAUCAAAUAAAUCUUUUCAAUUGGGCAAUUGACCGAUGCUACACGGGUUCCUACCAGCUUGCAUCUGGAUGCUUCAAAGCCAUAGCAACUGUGUGCGGAAGCAGGAACUAUCCCUUCGACAUAGUGACAUUGUUAAACCUUGUUCUAUUCAAGGCCUCUGACACCAACAGAGAGAUUUACGAAAUCUCCAUGCAGCUCAUGCAGAUACUUGAAGCAAAGCUUUUUGUAUACUCAAAGAAAGUCGCUGAACAGAGACCUGGCAGUAUUCUGUAUGGGACACACGGGCCACUGCCCCCCCUCUACAGCGUGUCACUCGCCCUCCUGUCCUGUGAGCUGGCCAGGAUGUAUCCUGAGCUCACUCUCCCUCUCUUCUCAGAGGUCAGCCAGCGGUUCCCCACGACGCACCCCAAUGGGCGCCAGAUCAUGCUCACCUACCUGCUGCCCUGGCUGCACAACAUUGAAUUGGUGGACAGCAGGCUCCUCCUCCCCGGGUCCAGCCCCAGCAGCCCAGAGGACGAAGUGAAGGACCGGGAAGGAGAAGUAACUGCUUCUCAUGGGCUGAAAGGGAACGGCUGGGGCUCUCCAGAAGCCACAUCACUGGUUCUGAAUAACCUGAUGUACAUGACAGCCAAGUAUGGAGAUGAAGUUCCUGGACCAGAGAUGGAGAACGCGUGGAACGCACUGGCCAACAACGAGAAGUGGAGCAACAACCUGAGGAUCACUCUGCAGUUCCUCAUCAGCCUCUGCGGGGUCAGCAGCGACACCAUUCUCCUGCCCUAUAUUAAAAAGGUGGCCAUAUACUUGUGCCGUAAUAACACCAUUCAAACCAUGGAAGAACUUCUGUUUGAGCUACAGCAGACAGAGCCUGUGAACCCCAUCGUCCAGCACUGUGACAACCCGCCCUUCUACCGCCUCACGGCCAGCAGCAAGGCCUCCGCCGCAGCCUCCGGAACCACAUCCAGCAGCAAUACAGUGGUUGCUGGCCAGGACAAUUUCCCCGAUGCUGAGGAGAGCAAGGUAUUGAAAGAAACUGAUGAAAGGUUCAGUAAUGUCAUCAGAGCCCACACUCGCCUCGAGUCAAGAUAUAGCAAUAGCUCGGGAGGAUCAUACGAUGAGGAUAAAAAUGAUCCAAUUUCUCCCUACACAAGCUGGUUGCUAACUAUUACGGAAACCAAGCAGCCCCAGCCCUUACCAAUGCCUUGUACUGGAGGAUGCUGGGCCCCCCUGGUUGACUAUCUCCCAGAGACCAUCACUCCCCGGGGACCACUGCACAGGUGCAAUAUUGCUGUAAUUUUUAUGACCGAGAUGGUGGUUGAUCACAGUGUGAGAGAAGAUUGGGCACUUCAUCUGCCAUUAUUGCUUCAUGCUGUCUUCCUAGGUUUGGACCACUACCGGCCUGAAGUCUUUGAACACAGCAAAAAAUUGCUUCUUCACCUCUUGAUUGCCCUGUCCUGCAACAGCAAUUUUCAUUCCAUUGCUUCCGUGCUUCUGCAGACUCGAGAGAUGGGUGAAGCUAAGACACUAACCGUUCAGCCAGCUUACCAACCUGAAUAUCUCUACACAGGUGGCUUUGACUUUCUGAGAGAGGACCAGUCAUCUCCUGUGCCAGACUCUGGGCUGAGUUCCAGUUCGACCUCCUCCAGCAUCAGCCUGGGAGGCAGCAGUGGGAACCUCCCGCAGAUGACCCAGGAGGUAGAAGAUGUGGACACAGCCGCUGAAACAGAUGAGAAGGCCAACAAGCUCAUUGAGUUUCUGACAACCAGGGCAUUUGGUCCACUUUGGUGCCAUGAAGACAUCACUCCUAAAAAUCAAAAUUCAAAGAGUGCUGAACAGCUCACUAAUUUUCUACGGCACGUUGUAUCUGUGUUUAAAGAUUCCAAAUCAGGUUUCCACCUGGAGCAACACUUAAGUGAAGUUGCAUUGCAGACAGCCCUUGCAAGCUCUUCAAGGCACUAUGCCGGUCGGUCCUUCCAGAUAUUCAGGGCCCUCAAGCAACCUCUUUCAGCACACGCCUUAUCUGACCUUCUCUCAAGACUGGUAGAAGUGAUCGGAGAACAUGGAGAUGAGAUUCAGGGUUAUGUGAUGGAGGCGCUCCUUACGCUGGAGGCUGCUGUGGAUAACUUGUCCGACUGCUUGAAGAAUAGUGAUCUCUUAACUGUGUUAUCCCGCUCUUCAUCACCAGAUUUAAGCUCAAGCACUAAACUAACAGCAAGCAGAAAGAGCACAGGACAACUCAACGUGAAUCCGGGAACUGCCAGUGGCAAUACCACCACUGCAGAACGAAGCCGGCAUCAAAGAAGCUUCUCUGUGCCCAAGAAGUUUGGUGUUGUUGACCGAUCCUCUGACCCACCUCGAAGUGCCACCCUGGACAGAAUUCAGGCUUGUACCCAACAAGGCCUCUCCUCAAAAACUAGAAGCUCAUCCUCCUUGAAAGACAGCCUCACGGACCCGUCCCACAUAAACCAUCCCACUAACCUGCUGGCCACCAUCUUCUGGGUCACAGUGGCCUUGAUGGAGUCUGAUUUUGAGUUUGAGUACCUGAUGGCCUUAAGGCUGUUGAGUAGACUGCUGGCGCAUAUGCCACUCGAUAAAGCUGAGAACCGAGAGAAGCUUGAGAAACUCCAGGCGCAGCUCAAGUGGGCCGACUUCUCAGGGUUGCAGCAGCUGCUGCUGAAAGGAUUCACAUCCCUCACCACCACAGACCUUACCCUGCACCUUUUCAGUUUGCUGACACCAGUGUCCAGAAUACCCAUGGUGGAUUCAUCCCAAGCUAUUGGGUUUCCACUGAAUGUCUUGUGUCUUCUGCCCCAGCUGAUUCAGCAUUUUGAAAAUCCCAAUCAGUUCUGUAAGGAUGUAGCCGAAAGGAUUGCUCAGGUUUGUUUGGAAGAGAAGAACCCCAAACUGUCAAAUCUUGCACACGUUAUGACUCUUUAUAAAACGCACAGCUACACAAGGGACUGUGCCACGUGGGUCAACGUGGUUUGCCGAUACCUUCAUGAAGCGUAUCUGCUGGAGAAAGGCCUCCCCAGCGUGCAGCAGCCUUUGCUCCAGGUCAUCCACAGUCUGCUCAGCUACAUGGACCUUUCCGGGGUGCCUGUCAAACAAUUUAACGUGGAAGUUCUGAAGACCAUUGAAAAAUAUGUGCAAAGUGUUCACUGGAGAGAAGCUUUGAAUAUCUUGAAGCUGGUAGUUUCUCGGUCUGCCAGCCUCGUUUUGCCUUCAUACCAGCACAGUGACCUCUCAAAGAUAGAAAUACAUCGAGUGUGGACUAGUGCUUCUAAGGAAUUGCCUGGAAAAACACUGGACUUCCACUUUGAUAUUUCAGAGACGCCAAUCAUCGGGAGGCGGUAUGAUGAGCUGCAGAGUUCUGCUGGGCGUGACGGGAAGCCGAGAGCCAUGGCUGUCACCCGGAGCACAUCCUCCACUUCUUCUGGCUCCAACUCCAAUGUCCUUGUUCCUGUAAGCUGGAAAAGGCCCCAGUAUUCUCAGAAGAGGACAAAAGAGAAGUUGGUGCACGUCCUUUCUCUGUGUGGCCAAGAAGUAGGAUUAAGCAAAAACCCCUCAGUGAUUUUUUCAUCGUGUGGGGAUUUGGAUCUGCUUGAGCACCAGACGAGCUUGGUGUCUUCUGAGGACGGCGCCCGAGAACAGGAGAACAUGGAUGACACAAACAGUGAGCAGCAGUUUAGAGUCUUCAGGGACUUCGACUUCCUAGAUGUGGAGCUUGAGGACGGAGAGGGGGAGAGUAUGGACAAUUUCAACUGGGGAGUGCGCAGACGUUCUCUGGACAGCCUGGACAAGUGUGAUAUGCAGAUUCUGGAGGAGCGCCAACUUUCAGGAAGCACUCCCAGCCUCAAUAAAAUGAACCAUGAGGACUCCGAUGAGUCAUCCGAGGAGGAGGACCUCACAGCCAGCCAGAUCCUGGAGCACUCAGACCUUAUCAUGAAUCUCUCCCCCUCUGAGGAGACCAAUCCCAUGGAACUUCUCGGCACAGCCUGUGACUCGACCCCCGCUGACCCUCACUCCUUUAACUCCAGAAUGGCUAGUUUUGAUGCUUCUUUGCCUGAUAUGAAUAAUCUGCAGAUUUCUGAGGGUUCAAAGGCGGAAGCUGCCCGGGAAGAGGAGGACACCACUGGGCAUGAAGAUGAUCUUUCUGGUUCCAUCAAUGAACUCCCAGCAACUUUUGAAUGCAGUGACAGCUUUAGCCUGGACAUGACUGAGGCAGAGGAAAAAAGCAACAGAGCUCUGGACCAGUUUACGCUUGCAAGCUUCGGAGAAGGCGACAGGGGAGUCUCCCCGCCUCCCUCGCCCUUCUUCUCGGCGAUUCUUGCCGCCUUCCAGCCCACAGCCUGUGACGACGCUGAGGAGGCCUGGCGCAGCCACAUCAACCAGCUCAUGUGCGAUGCAGACGGCUCCUGCGCUGUGUACACCUUCCACGUGUUCUCCUCCCUGUUCAAGAAUAUUCAGAAAAGGUUCUGCUUCCUAACCUGUGAUGCUGCCAGUUACCUUGGCGAUAACCUCCGGGGAAUCGGAUCCAAAUUUGUCAGCUCUUCCCAGAUGCUCACCUCCUGCUCUGAAUGCCCGACGCUUUUUGUGGAUGCUGAAACUCUCCUUUCUUGUGGACUUCUGGACAAGCUCAAGUUCAGUGUUCUAGAACUGCAAGAAUAUUUGGAUACCUACAACAACAGAAAAGAGGCCACUCUCUCAUGGCUUGCAAAUUGUAAGGCAACAUUUGCGGGAGGAUCAAGAGAUGGAGUCAUCACCUGUCAACCAGGGGACUCGGAAGAAAAGCAAUUGGAACUGUGUCAGAGAUUAUAUAAGCUACACUUCCAGCUGCUAUUGCUUUUUCAGUCCUACUGUAAGCUCAUCGGCCAGGUGCAUGAAGUUAGCUCCAUGCCAGAGCUGCUGAACAUGUCCAGGGAACUGAGUGACCUGAAGAAACACCUGAAGGAAGCCACAGCAGCCAUCGCCGCAGACCCUCUUUAUGCAGAGGGUGCGUGGUCUGAGCCAUCCUUCACGUCCACGGAAGCAGCCAUCCAGUCCAUGCUGGAGUGCUUGAAGAACAACGAACUGGGCAAAGCUUUGCGGCAAAUCAGGGAGUGCAGAAGUCUGUGGCCCAAUGACAUCUUUGGAAGCAGUUCUGAUGAUGAAGUCCAGACACUACUGAAUAUUUAUUUCCGUCACCAAACUCUGGGACAGACGGGUACUUAUGCAUUGGUGGGGUCCAAUCAGAGCCUCACUGAGAUCUGCACCAAGCUGAUGGAGCUGAAUAUGGAGAUCCGGGACAUGAUCCGCAGGGCCCAGAGUUACCGAGUCCUCACUGCCUUCCUUCCAGACUCCAGCGUUUCUGGCACUAGUCUCUGA